GCACACGGCGCAUACUAUACAUCAGCCAUCUGAACGCUAUUAAACCCAGGUGAAAAGGAUGGGAAUGGUGUUUAUUGUUAUCUGUUUUCAAAAGCCCUUAUAACAGGUUGGAGCUUAAGACAGAUUGUGGAAAUCCGUUAAUUCCCUAAAAAAAAAAAAAAAGGAGAUGUAUAGCCUUGUAUGAAAUCACAGGAUUUGCUGGGAGGGAGAUGAAUUUAACCAGUAAUAGCUUUACCUCCGCUGUGCACAUUGUCAGCGAAGUCAAACUGAAAAGACUGCAACACAAAGAUAAGACACAGGAUGUAUGAUUCUGAAUAUAAACCACAUUGAUGGAUAUAUUCCCAUGAAACUGCACCUUUGUUGCAUCUUUAUUCAGAUUUCACCCACUCAUCCAUUACGGGUUGUUAAAUGUCAGCUAGGAGUUUCAGAGCAAAUCUACAAAUGAAUACAAGAUCAUUUGUCAUUAAAACUGAGCAUAAGAAGCAAUAUGAAAUUAAUUCAAAGGCUAAUCCUUAAAUUUAUCAUACACAAGCAUGAGACCACACCAAAGGUGUCCAUCUAUAAGUCCAGGUUUCUAAUACCAAGCAAUCCCCUUUUCUCUAAAACCUCAACAAUGAGGAUUUUAGGAGCUCUCCACUUUUCAUUUUAUGCAGUGAAAUCUGAUUUCGCUUGAAGAAAGGAAUGAGGCGAGAUUAGCCGAAUCUGCCGUCCUCCCUAACCUCUUCACAAAACUGCCCAGAUUAGCUCAGAAUUAAGUUUCAACCGUUUUAUGUGUCUGGUCCACAGGGGGAUUAUAGUUUUACCUCCAUCUCUUUUUUUUUUUUUCUUUUUGCCUAUAAGGGCCAGACUUGCUCUUGUAGAAGGAGUAGAAGCCGAGGAGCCACUGAGGGGGAAGUAUCACAGAGAGUUACAGGUCUCUAUCUGGUUAUCACUACUGCUUUUGAGCUCAAGGAAUUUCCUUAAAAAAUGGACAGACACAUCAAGAUGGAAAGACAAAAGUUUCCGUUCACCAUUGAGAACAUUCUGAACAAAUAUCCUAGCAGUAUUGGAGACAAACAACCAUGUGGAACAGGGGUUUUUGGACUGAAGGAGAAGAUGGUUUGUCCUGAGCCUGUUCAUCACACCUGCUUGUGCUGCUGUUUCUGUUCCCACUGCGCUGACAUGCUGCACUCUGAUCUCAUCCAUGACGCCUGUCAGUACGGAUGGAACCGAGCAGCUAUGAUCUCAGAGACGUGCCGGCUGGGGGAGGCUCAAAGGGAGGAGCAGCAGCCUAAGGUCAGCCAGGUGCAGAGGCGAACCAGGCGUCACCGUACAAUUUUCACCGAAGAACAGCUGGAUGCACUGGAGGAACUGUUCCUGCAGAACCAGUAUCCAGAUGUAAACGCGCGAGAAAAACUUGCACAGCAAACUAACUUAAGAGAAGAAAGAGUAGAAGUUUGGUUUAAAAACCGAAGAGCAAAAUGGAGACGUCAGAAAAGAUUGUCAUUUGUAGUUGGAAACACUGAAAACUAAUUCCUUUCAUAUAGAUUUACAGCAACAUGGAAAUUUAUGGAGACCUUAAGUUAUUUUUUUUUGCUCAUGAGUCAAAUAAAAAACCAAAUUUAUGAACAAAAUGGAUCUAAUUGUGUCAUUUUGAUCAAACGAACCUGCAUACAGAGAUAUACGCUUACCUUUUGACAUUUGAUAUUUGAUGGUUGUUCCAUAUAUCAAGAAUGGAGUAACUUUUUGUAAAACGGCUUCUUGUUAUGUGAUGAUUACGAUCUAAUAAAUACUUACAUGACUUUA